AUGAAGCAAAAAGUGUAUUUCCUCUUCGAACAUGCAUCUGGGUAUGCCCUGUUGUCCACAAAAAUGCAUCAAUUGUCCGAUGUGGUUGAUGCCAUCCCCGAAGUGUCAGCUGACUACGAGACAUUUUCACAGUCUUUCAAGCUUCGUGGCUUUGUGUCAUUUACAUCAGCCGAAAAUGCAUUGGAAAAUUGCAACUCAGUUUCUGAGGGACUGGUGCACGAUGACCUUCAAUCCUUUUUGUUAUCAUAUCUGAAUGAGGGAAAACAUAUUAUGCUUUGCGUCGCUGAUCGUAGGCUGGCUGAUGCAAUCAAGGCCGACAAUAUGGUCAUCCAGACAAUCAGCUUGUUAGACCAAAUGGACAAAGAUAUAAACACAUUUUCAAUGCGCAUUAAAGAAUGGUUUUCGUAUCAUUUUCCGGAAUUGAUGAAAAUUGUACCUGAAAGCGCAAAUUACAUAAAACUGGUAAAUCUCUUGCGGUCCCGGGAGGAAACUACUGAAGACCGCCUGCAAGAGAUCGAGGAUAUAAUUCAGGAUCGUGAGAAAGCCAAGGCUAUCGUUGAGGCGGCGAGAACUUCUAUGGGCUUUGAUGUGACGGACCAAGAUAUUGAAAACUUGAAGCUUUUUACGGAUCGCAUCAAAUCAUUUUUGGAACGUCGAACGAAGGCAUACGACUAUCUAGUGUCCAAAUUGUCCGGUGUCGCUCCUAACCUCAAUACCCUUAUUGGGAGUCAAGUCGCCGCUCGACUCAUAUCCCAUGCCGGAUCACUUACUAAUUUGGCGAAGUUCCCGGCCUCCACAAUUCAGAUUUUAGGCGCUGAGAAGGCCCUGUUUAGGGCUCUGCGUACGCGCGGACGAACACCAAAGUAUGGGCUGAUCUUCCACAGUUCUUUUAUCGGCCGUGCCGCGAAGGAGAAUAAAGGUCGUAUUUCCCGUUUUCUGGCGGCGAAGUGCGCUCUCGCCACCAGGAUAGACUGCUUUAGCGACAUCUUAUGUAGUGUUUAUGGAAAACACUUGCGGCAGCAGGUCGAAGACCGGUUAAAAUACUUCGAGAGCGGUGAAAUGCCACAAACGAACGCCGAAGCUAUGGCUGCUGCAAUUAUUGAGUUGACACAGUCUAGCGUUUCCAUUUAUAUCAAACAGGCUGCUUCAGCCGAUUGUCCGAAGUGGUUGAUCGGUGCAGUUCGGGAUGCCCCUUUAAGGCAAGCCCCCCUGCUCACCUGUCCGGCCACAAUUUGA